UCUCUGUGUCUCUUUGGGAAAGGAAGCGUCCGCGGUGUGUUUUUUGGACUCCCGCGUGAAGCGGAUGGGCGGGGCGUCGCGCGUCACGUGAUGGGCCAAGAUGGCGGCCUCUGGCGAAGGCACUGACUUGGAGGCUUCAUUGCUGAGCUUUGAGAAGUUGGACCGGGCAUCACCUGACCUUUGGCCAGAGCAAUUACCUGGUGUUGCUGAAUUUGCAGCUUCUUUUAAAAGUCCCAUAACCAGUUCUCCUCCCAAAUGGAUGGCUGAAUUAGAAAAUGAUGAUAUUGACAUGUUAAAAGAGCUGGGCAGUCUCCACGACAGCUAAUCUAUGGAGAUGCGAGGUCUCCAGAAUCUGGCGAUUCAGUUGGGACUAGAUGAAUCAAGAGAAAUGACUCGAGGGAAAUUCCUCAACAUCCUGGAGAAACCCAAAAAAUAGCUGAAUAUGGGACGUCUGGGAAACAACUACAAUUUCCAUGUACACUGAAAUGAAAAGACUAGUGCUCUGCCUUAAGCUACUGGAUGUUUUCCUGACUCUCACCUCUGCUCUGAAGAGAAACAGGGACUACUAAGCAAGACAAAUCACUCCUGCCAUCAUCUGUCCUACUAUGUUUGUUGGGGUAGGGUAUGUGUGUAAGAGUCUAGUCAAAAGUAGUAGCCUCAUUCAUUUUUGCUAACAGCAUACAGAUAAAAAGCAGUUGUGUGUGUGUGUAACAAUACUAUACAAGUACAAUGUGUUAUAUUUUCUUUAAAUCUGUAACUAUCUUGGUGAAAUACCUUGCUGCAUUUUUGGACAGUAUAGUUCUGGUUGAAAACUGACUAGCUUUUCUUUUCUUUUUUAUUUCAGCUAACCUAAGGACAGGGUAACAUUUUUUCUUUUCUUACAAGUUAGCACUGUGUCAGCAUUAGCUAUGUCGGCUAAGGCUGCUGGGAGUUGCAGUCCAACAACAUCUGGAGGGCCACAAGUUGCCCACCACUGCUGAAAUAAUUAUUAUUAAUCACAAGCAUUGAAGAAAACAUGAUAUUUGGUCUUCAUUCUUUUUUUUCCCUUCUGAUGCUCACUUUUCCUCAGAUGUUGGAUGAAUGGGAAAUCACUUACCAACACAGAUAUAUAUAUAUUGUUCCUUUUUCUGAUUGGUUCAAGAAAGCCAUAGUAUGGAUAGGUUGCAGUGGGAAAUGGGAAGUGUGCCUUACUGUAUGAUAAAACCCCUGCGCUAUAUACUCAGCACUGUAUAUUUGUCCUGUUGUAUAUUCUGUUUGAAUCAUCUAGACACUCCUGUCACUGGGAGAAAAACAUUUAAAGGUAACAGCAUAUCUUUUUUCAUUGCAGAGCCCCCCAAAAUAGAUUUUAUCUUAUUUUCAUUUGUCAUCUUGUCUCUGUAUUGUCUUAUCAAUAUAUACCUCUCUAAAUGAUGACGCCAAAUUGGUUUCCCUUACAGAGAUGUUAGAAACAAACUGGUACCAUGUGGCUUGAGUCAUCUUCUGUUUCAGAAAUACUUUUAAAUGGACUUUUCACAAGAAACAUGAUCAGGGCUUUGAAUGUAAGCAUUCUAGGAUGAGAAGCUAGGAACACUUUUCAGGGUAAUCCCAGAAUUAACCAAUUGUAUAUCCAUUCAUCUUAGUGAGACAACUGAGGCCAUGUUUGGGUUAUGGCCUAUAUAUUUUAGGGGAAAAAUACAUAUAUAUGUGUGUCAUACUUCCCUGGGUCAAAGUCUUUAUAUUUAGUACAUGAGCCACGUUAGCUAUUUAUUUACUUAUUUAUUUGACUGUCCAAACCAAUGUUGAAUGAUUUCAUCACAGAGACCUUGAUCUUUACUGUUUAAUUCACAGAAGCCAUGCUGUCAUUUUGGUGAUGUAAGAGUGAAAUGUCACCAAGAGACUAUAUAUGCAACUUCACAUGUAUUCCGUAAGCAAUUCUGUGCCGAGGCAGUUCAUAUAUUGAAUGAAUGAGUGAUCUUUCUGUUGUAGGAUAGAUCAACUAAAUUAUUGGUUUCAGUCUUAAAUGUUUGUUUAUUUGUCUGUUUGAGCACCAAGGAAGUUUCUUUUACUUUUAAGCAUCGGUAAUUCAGAUAGUAGUUCAGCUAAAUCUUUUCAUUGUUCAGGUAGGUAAAGCUUUUUCACAUGAUCACAUAUUUUGGGGAUUUGAGUUCAAAUAUGAGAUGACCACAUCUGGACCCAAACUAAAAAUGCUGGUGAACAGCUAACAAAAAGUAUUUAAGAUCAGAAGAAGCUUAACUGUAGGUAAGAGAAAGUAUGAUGUGGUAGUUUUUCUGUUGUUAUAACAUUUUAUAUGUUUAGAAAUAUUUUGUUUGUGGAUUGUGUAGUUACACAUCCAAAAUUGUUAGGGUACAUGUCCAUCUAAGUGUAACAUUUUAGAGUCUACUACUUUCAGUGGGAUGGAUUAAUGUAUUUUUGCAACUCUCAUACUGAAUAUGAUCAGGCAUGGAAUAUUGGACUUGGACGGCAUCGUGCUUUGUAUGUUGUUCUUGUCUUUGUUGAAUCUCCUUAAAACAGUCUAUGAAACUCAUAAGUUCAUACAACAUGUCAGGGUGUUCCACUUCGCCAAUUCAGCUACAAAUCACAAAUUUUAUUACUUGUUAAUUUUUCUGCACUUAAAAGCAUUCUGUUUCUUUUUUUUCUGGAAAUUUGUCUUCCAAGGACAGAGCAGUGGGCUGUAUAUGAUUUAGAUCUUGGAUGUUUAUAUAUUUAUAUUUUCCAUUCAUAUAUAUUGUUAAAAAGAUAUUUUUGUAGAUAGUAAUAUUUCUCAUUGUAUUGUCCUGCCCAAGUAAUCUGUAUUAUGGCUCUCAUAAAUAAACAAUGUGCAUUUUCAUGAA